AUGUCAGACUUCUUUCCCCGUGGAGUCCUUCAGGAAAUCCUUCGCAGACUUCCACCAAAGACCCUUCUCAGAUUCACCAUCGUCUGCAAGUCAUGGCGCUCCCUCAUCACCCACCCAUCCUUCAUCUCUCUCCACCACCGUAACUCCCCCUCCUUUCUCUUCCUUCAGUUCAGCAACCACUUCAUUCUCCCCCACCGCCACUCCUCCACCGCCCCCGCCCUCCGCCUCCCCUCCUUCCCACACUACGAUUUCCCCAAUGUUUCCUUCUGCAACGGCCUCCUUUGCAUGGCCUACGGUUACCAAUGCCAACAUGUCAUCGUUUGCAACCCAUCUGUUCGACGAUAUGUCACCCUUCCCGCACCCCUCCAGCUCCCUUGCUUCUACACUGCCAACAUCGCCUUAGGCUUUGAUCCCAGUAAAUGUGAUUACAAGGUGGUCAGAAUUUCUUGCAUGGUGGAUGACGAAAGGUUCGGCCUUUCUGCUCCCGAGGUUGAGGUUUGCUCUCUUGCAACUGGGUCUUGGAGGACCCUUGAUCACGGCAUUGCUCCUGUCUGCUACCUCGGUGAAGGUACUUCCCAUGGAUUUCACGAUGGGCUUGUUCACUGGGUUGCUAAACGCUGCGUGGCUGGUGCUUGGUUCAAUUUUGUUUUGUCCUUUCACUUUGAGGGUGAGAUGUUUGGUGAGGUUAUUCUACCUGAGAGCAUGGCUCGUGCCUCUCUGGAUGCACUUGUGGUUAAGGUUGUUGGAGGUGGCAUUGGAAAGAAUCUUACUGUGUUCCGUGUGGGUGGGGGUUCUCCAUGUUCUUGUGACAUAUGGAUAAUGAAAGAGUAUGGUGUGGUGAAGUCUUGGAACAAGGUCUUUUCUUUUGUUAUGAACGGAUUUUGUUUGGAAGCACCGUCUUUGGGGAUGAGGUUCACUGACGUGGAAAUUCCACCGAUAGCAUUGUGUGUUACGUGCAGUGGAGAGGUGUUGCUGCUCAUGGAUGUGGCAGGAAGGAGAUGCCUGUAUUCGCUGGACAUAGAGAAGAAAACUUUUACGGACGUUCAAAUUGAAGUAGACACAGGGUUUAUUUAUUCUGGUUAUUAUGCUGAGAGCUUACUCUUACUGAAUAAAGCAAGUGGCGUAGUGUCUUAUUGA